AUGGGAUCGGCUCUUGUGAAGGACUGUUCAAAAUCAAAGACCCGGUCCUUCGUGUAUAGAAGCAAACGGUCGAAUGAGAGUCUAGUAGCGGUCGGUGGGGAUGUCGUGUCUUUAAACGCUAUUCACCGGUACCUGAUCCUCUUUCAUAAUACGAAGGAGCGCCCAGUUUGUUUCUUUUUGCUUCCGAUUUGUUCCCACUUUUUUUCUUUUUUUUUAUCGCUCUUUACUUGCUUAUUGCUUUUAAGUCUGUCUUUAUCUACAACCUUCUCCCUUUGUUUUCCAUAUCCCUCUCUAUCUCCCUCUCACACUUCAAUUCCAAAAGCUGCCCUUGUUUCCUCACUACCCCCUGAUUUUCUCCCUCUCGACUAUUCGGGUGUUUACAGCCGCAGGCUCCUCCACCUAUCAGCUGGGCCUUCUAUUGUCGGCAUAACACAACACAACGCAGAAAAAAUAAUCUCCAUUCUUUUUCUUUCUCUUUACUGGCGAACUUUCCUCGGGCUCUUAUUCAUUGCUUUUUCAUUAUUCAAACCGAUAUUUGUUUUUUUUUUAUUUCUUCUUCUUCUUAAACAUCUUUUAUUCGACAUCCUUCACCCUCUUAUCUGCCGGUUUCACGCUAUAAACCCCAUUUGCCCGUUUUGCAUACCGUUAGAUACACCAGCCGCUCUCCGUUGUUUGGAUUGUAGAAACGGCUACUAA